CUACAAUCAUGUGACAUGCGCAGUCGGCCCUGUUGUUGAGUUUGUUAUGACAAGUCGAGGCCUCGGACUAAAUUAGGAGUGAAACCCCCGUCUCUGUCCGGGAGAAGCCGCGAUGGAGGGCAUGGACCUGGACCAGGAGCUCAUGCAGAAAUUCAGCUGCAUGGGCACAACAGACAAAGAUAUCCUAAUAUCGGAAUUUCAGAGGCUCCUCGGGUUUCAGCUUAACCCCGCCGGAUGCGCCUUCUUUCUGGACAUGACAAACUGGAAUUUACAGGCAGCAAUUGGAGCCUACUAUGACUUUGAGAGUCCCAGCAUCACUGCACCAUGCAUGUCCUUUGUGAAGGAUGUGACGAUUGGUGAGGGCGAGUCAGUUCCUCCUGACACACCCUUCACAAAGACCUGGAGGAUACAGAACACAGGUGCAGAGACAUGGCCACCUGGGGUUUCUCUUAAGUAUGUCGGAGGAGAUCAGUUUGGUCAUGUAAACAUGGUGAUGGUGCAGUCUUUAGAGCCCCAGGAAAUGACAGAUGUCAGUGUGCAGAUGCAAAGCCCUGUGUCUCCUGGCAUGUACCAGGGUCAGUGGAGAAUGUGCACAGCUACUGGACUUUACUAUGGUGAUGUAAUUUGGGUGAUCCUGAGUGUAGAGGUUGGUGGUCUCCUUGGCGUCACACAGCAGCUUUCAUCUUUCAAAGCUGAGUUCAACACGCAGCCUCACCGCAGCCUCCAAGGGAACUACAACCCCUUUGCCUCACCAGAGAAAAGCAAGUGCCCCAGCAGCAGCAACAACAGCGGCUUCCAUGAUGACAGUAUUCACAGGGCCGCAGAGGAACAUUGGCAGGGAAGCGCAAGCCAGCUACAGCAAGAUCAAAAUGGACUUUCACACAGCUCUGUGGAUAUAGUAGCAAACAGUCUACAGAGUAAUCUGUCAGUAGUCUCUGGUAACCAGGGUAUACAGGAGCCCUAUCCUUUUGGACACUCUUAAAUCAUGGGACUUGUCACAGUGAAGCAGCACUAAACCAUACCUCUGGAGUCUGUCACACCAGCAAGAAAAGGAAGAGGUUUUGUCAGUAGCUGGUGGUGAGUGUGGAGAUUUAAAAACACUUUAUGCAAAGUCCAGCUACACUUUGAGAAACCAGAGCCCAGCGCUCCUGACGUGCAGCUCAACCCACAUCCCAGACCCACUGGAUGCACGUGUGAAUGCAAAAUUAAAAGAGGAGUGCUAUGAGUCUUUGGAAUCGUCCCCCCACCCCAGCUUUUUUUUAGUUGUCAGAGUGAAAUUGAACAACGAUUACCCGGAGUGCGUAUUUGUGAAAUCUUGUGUACAAGUAUGAAUUGUGCAACUUGAAAGAGACUUUGGAGGAAAAGCCAUUUAUUUUGCCAACUGAUUCUCCAGUUUAAGCUCCAACUCUGGGUUUUUUGGACCAUAUCUCUGUAACUAAUAAAUAAUUUACUUCAUAAUUCACUUCUCACCUUAAGGUUUUAAUAUAUACUUUUAAGAGAUGGGCAACAGUAGCAUCCUCUAUAGAUAUAUUUAGAGGCCAGUCAGUUUUUACCUGAGGUUUUCAACAUGACGUGCACUUUGAACAGUCAUUUUUAUGCUUCAUAGUAGCUGUCAUUUUUGGAGUAUUUCAGUUUUCGUCCACUGGAGGGAGUCAUCUAUUACUCUGACAAGAGGGGAAUCAGGUCUGAGAGAUGGACAUUUUAUUUAUAGUGUGGCUCUAAUGAUUUAGUCUAGAUUACUGCACAGGAGCAUUUUUCUUAAGCUAGAAUGUAGAGUCAUCACUUUUAUUUUCUUCUGCCUUCUGCAGUCAAACAGGAUGUUUUUGAAGCGCCUUACUGUGAAUGGAUGCAAGCCAGAAUUUUAUUAGACUGAAUCUGAUUUGGCAAAAGACUCAAGGAGUCCAGAAAGACAGUGAAGGUUUCCUCUCACCUAUUAAUUAGUCAUUGCCGACACUUGGAAAAUACACACCUAUGAAAUAUCAGAAGGUUGUUGGCAGAAUAUUCGUUAUUGGUAAUAAAUGCAUAAUUAAAGAUCUAUGUUUUAUUUAGUUUAUACAUGCUUGCAUUAAAAUUAAAUACAGAUAACAGGACUAAUGUAGCCAAUGCCAUUGGACACUGAAUCCAAGCCAUAUGAACAGCAGCACAGACAACAUCAAAUAAUGAGAACGUUUUUGUCACCCUGCUCUGACCUUUCAUUUUAAAGCUGUCUGGGAUUCGUUUUCUUUUUCUUUUUAACUGAAUGUUU